GGUAGGUGCGGGCGAGGCGCUGCCGGUGCGGGGCGGCCCGGCCGGGAUGGGGGGUGUCGGGGCCGGGCUGCCGCGGGACCCGCGGGGCGGGGGGGGUCCGGCCUCGUCCCGCCGCCGUCCCGCAACUUGGCUGCGGGGAGCGGGCCGCGGCAGGGAGGGGAGGACGCGGGGUGGGGGGGCGGGACAGGAGGGGCCGUAGGGCCCGGGGUGGGCUCUGCGCUGCAGGGGGGGCGCCGUGCGGGGCGGGGGUCCCUCCCAUAGGGCCUCCAUUUCAGCCCCGGGGAGCGCGGCCACAGCGCAUCCCGGGCCCGUGGGGGGGGGGGGGGCGGGGGGAUGGAAGGCGGUGGGUGAAGGAGGCCCGGGGCUGUCGGGUCUGAGGGGCCCCCCCGCACCGCACCGCACCGCACCGCACGGCCCCAGCCGGCCCCCGGGCUCGGUGCGGUGCGGGGCGGGCCUGGGCUGCGGGGUCGGUGCGGGGCCGCCGGGUCCCUUCCGCUGAGCGCGGCCGUUUCUCCCCGCAGCUCCCGGAUCUCCCAGCGCCGCCUCGCCGCGGUACGUCGGCAACUCGAGGAGCGGUGACCGCCCGGCGCGGCGCUGACGAUGGGCCCCACCGAUAUGGGCCGCCAGACUCAGCGGAGCGGAGGGGGUGCGUUGGUGAGGACGGCUGCGCUGAGCGCCGUGCAGAGGGGCCGUUGUGCUGUUUGGCAGUGGGUGUUCCCCGAGCUGCUCACCCUAUCUUGCAGUGUCACGGUGGCAAAGAGCACUGAUCCAGGACCUCCCCUGGGAGGGCAGAGCGACGUGGAAGUGACGCUCCCAGCGUGUGCGCUUUGGCUGUCCUCGGGAGAGGCAGUGGGAGGCAGUGGAGCUGGCCUCGGCACCGGGAGAGGCUGGACUUCCCGUCUCUCUGUGCUGAAUGGCUGCGAUGGCGCCCGCUCUCACUGACGCAGCAGCUGAAGCUCACCACAUCCGAUUCAAGCUGGCUCCCCCGUCCUCCACCUUGUCGCCUGGCAGUGCCGAGAGCAACGGCAACGCCAACGACAUCCUCCUGGCUGCCAACGGCACCAAAAGGAAAGCCAUUGCUCCGGAGGAUCCCAGUUUAGAUUUCCGAAACAACCCCACGAAGGAAGAGCUGGGCAAGCUGCAGCCACUGGUGGCCUCUUAUCUCUGCUCGGAUGUAACAUCUGUCUCUUCAAAAGAGCCUCUGAAGCUGCAAGGAGUCUUCAACAAGCAGACAGUCCUUAAAUCUCACUCUCUCUUAUCUCAGUCCUUCUUGAAAACGAGUGAUCUGUUGGGGAGGCAACCCGUGUUGGAAUUCACUUUGGAGAAUCUAAAAACAAUGAGCGCUAACAGCCAGCCACCUCUCCCGCAAGCGCCUGUGAACGGCUUGGCCAAGAAAUUGGCCAAAAGUACCAAUUCAGACCAUGAGAACUCGAGCGCUCUGAACGGUGGGAAGUGCGCUUCUCCUGCCGCUGCCCUCCAGGGCGCUGACUGUAACGCGGGAGGUUCUGAGCUGGGGGACUUGAAGGCCGGGUUGACCAAUUGCACUCUUCCACACAGAAGCCUUGAUGCGGAACGCGCGACUCCUUUUAGCAAUAAUAGCACUGCAAACAAAUCUUCCCUUAAUUCCACGGAGCAGCAGCAGCAGCAGCAGCAGGUGCUGGAGGGUGGCAGCGGGGAGACGAGGCUGCCCGGCGUUGGCGCUCACUCGGACCUCGGGGGCAGUAAGUUGGAGGAGCAGAAACCCUCUCUGCCGGCCGGCCAUCACAGCGCCCUCGACUCCGAGAUGAGGACGAGGGCGUUGCUGCGACGGCAGGCGGACAUUGAGAGCCGUGCUCGGAGGCUGCAGAAACGUCUGCAGGUGGUGCAGGCGAAGCAGGUGGAGAGACACAUCCAGCAGCAGUUGGGCGGCUUCUUGGAGAAAACUCUGAGCAAGCUUCCGACUUUGGACCCGGUGAGGCAUCGCAGCCAGUUGAUGUUGACCAGAAAAGCAGAAGCAGCUUUGAGGAAAGCUGCGAGCGAGACAGUUACUUCAGAAGGCCUAAGCAGCUUCUUGAAGAGCGAUUCCAUAUCGGAAGAACUGGAGAGAUUCACGGCCAGCGGCAUGGCCAACUUGAGAUCCAGCGAGCAGGCGUUCGACUCGGAUGUCACCGACAGCAGCUCAGGAGGAGAGUCUGACGUUGAGGAGGAGGAACUGACCAAAGCGGACCCGGAGCAGCCCCACGUGCCGCUGAGACGAAGGGCAGAGUGGAGAUGGGCAGCAGACCGUGCAGCCAUCGUCAGUCGCUGGAAUUGGCUCCAAGCCCACGUCUCAGACCUGGAAUACCGAAUCCGGCAGCAAACGGAUAUUUACAAGCAGAUCAGAGCCAAUAAGGGGCUGAUAGUCCUCGGUGAAGCAUCGCCCCCCGACCCCGCGGCGGAUGAUGCAUCCCGUCCCAUGAGUGCUGAUGUGAAGCUGGAGCCCGGCGCAGAGCGGCUGAGCGUUUCUGGAUCCCAGCCCUUGGACAGCUUGGGUCUUUCUGCUGCAAGUACUCCUGAGUCCCAUCCCACCAAGCCCUGUGGAGCACCAAGACCCGUCAAUGGAGUUAUCAACACUCUUCAGCCUGGCCUGGCAGAACACGCUCAGGGAGACGGCCAGGAAGCUGAGGAGCUCCUGCAUAAAAAGCAGAGGCUGAAUGCGGUCCCUUCGGCUUCGGAUGGAACGUGUGUGGCCGCCCGCACGCGCCCCGUGCUCAGCUGUAAGAAGCGACGGCUGGUCCGACCCAGCAGCAUUAUGCCCCUGUCCAAAAAGGUGCACCGGAACAGCCUGGCGCGGUGCAGCUGUGAUGUGAACCCCUCGUGUGCUCUGUGCGGCGCCCGCAGCUCCGCCGCGCUGGACAUGCAGUACGAUGCGCCGCUGCUGGAGCGCCUCUCCCAGCUGGACUCGUGCAUCCAUCCCGUUCUGUCCUUCCCGGAUGACGUGCCGACCAGCCUGCACUUCCAGAGCAUGUUGAAAUCCCAGUGGCAGAACAAACCCUACGAGAAGAUGAAAGCUCCCAAGAAGCUCUCUCUCAAGCACAGAGCCCCCAUGCCCACCAGCAGCCUGACCGACCCCGCUCGCAAGGACCGCCACAAGCUGGUGAACUCCUUCUUCACCGCAGCCAAGCGCUCACAGCACAAACCCCAGGCAGACAAGGCACACAGGCCGCCUUUAGACGAUUUUAUGGCCGUGUCCAAGGCCGAGAGGGCGCCUGAGCGCUCGCUUGCCCAGCCUCCCGCCCAUGACAAAAAGCGAUUGCGCGACUGCUCAUCUGAGAGGAGUGAAGUGCUGAAGCACCACGCGGACGUCGGCGGCCCGAGCUACUUGGCAGCGGCUGCGACCCACGCACCUCACAGCCCCAUAGCACGGCAGCUGUCCGCCUCCUCGGAGGGCUCUGCUCCCACCAGCACGAGCUCCCAGGGCACCUCCAGCACGGCCCAGCCGAGGAGGAGGAGAGGGGAAAGUUCAUUUGAUAUUAACAACAUCGUCAUCCCGAUGUCUGUCGCCGCCACAACCCGUGUGGAGAAGCUGCAGUACAAGGAGAUCCUGACGCCCAGCUGGCGUGAGGUGGACAUCGGCGCCCUGAAAGUCAGCCCUGAUGAAGACAACGAGGAGAUCGAGGACUUGUCUGAUUCAGCCUUUGCUGCUCGGCACAGCAAAUGCGAGGAGAUGGAGCGAGCCCGGUGGCUUUGGAGCACGAGUGUGCCCCCGCAGCGGCGGGGCAGCAGGUCCUACAGAUCGACGGACGGCCGGACGACCCCUCAGCUGGGGACCCCCUCCACCCCCCAGCCGGCGUCCCCAGACGUGGGCAGCUGCCAUUCCCACUCGGAGCCGUCCCACACCCACUCCCCGCGCAGCCCCAUCAGCCCCGAACUGCUCUCGGCUCCCCUCACCCCUCUGUGCCGCGAUUCCCUGCGGCUCCUGCCCAGCGAGGACACGCGCUGCUCCACUCCCGAGGCUCCGGACGAGCAGGCCGUGCUGCCCUGGGAGCGGCGCUGCUUCCCCCUGUCCUACGACCCCCGGACGGAGUGCGAGGACCAAUGCGACCCCCAGGACCGGUCGUCGCGCUGCACCCGGCGCACGUCGGGCAGCAAAUCGUCCCGGGACACCGAUGGCACUUCUGCUUCGCCCACCCUGAGCGGCAUCAAGAGCCGCCCCCCCCCGGCAACCCCCCCUCCUUCCUCCUCCUCCUCCUCCUCCUCCUCUGCAGCAGCAGCGGUUCAGCGGCCGGCGCACAGAUAGAGACGUCCGGGGAGACACGAGCAGAGCCGACACACAGAACUAACUCUUGGCAUUAAAGCUUCCAAAAUCUGCGUUUGAUAUUCAAACAUCCUGCCGGGAAUUUUCACAGUUUUUAGUGAAUUUAAGGAGUUUAGAAACUGGUUUGGUUUUUUUUUUUUUUUUUUUCUUUUUUUUCUUUUUUUUUUCGGGUUUUUUUUUUCCCCCCUCCCCCCGUUUUUGUUUUGUUCCGUUUUUUUUUUGUUCUCUGUUCCUUUCCUUUCCCCCAUUUCCUCGUCACACGAAGGAGACCCCCCCCCCCCCCCCCCCCCCCCUCCUCCCAGCGGAGCAAAGCCUGCGGAGGGGAGCAGCCCCCCCCCCCCCGGCCCUUUCCUCCCCUAUAGGUGUAUAAGCAUAGAGUGCGGGCUUUAGCUGGUAGUGUUCCCGAAGCAGAAGGGUCUCCUCCCCCCCCCCCCAACCCGCAGCCCUUCCCUGAGCCGUUGCAGUGGACUGAAGUUAGCGGGGUGAGCAGAUGGCUUGGGAUUCCCCCACGUGGGGGGCUGCGCUGCUGUGCUGCUGUCCCCCCCCCGCAGGGUGCAGCUCGUGGUGUCCCAAUGGGGGACCCCCUCUGCCCUCAGCCGCCUCCGUGGGGCAGCAGAGCGGCCCUGGGUGGGGGAAAGGGAAGGAAGGGGCUCUGGAAGGCGCUCUGUGGGGCUGCAGGGGGGGGUCGGGGUCGGGUUUGGGCAGGUGAGAGGUGGGAGAGACGACCCUACAGCCCCCCAUGGGGAUGGCUUUGGCCGCACGGCCCCAUAGAGCUGCGGCAUUCGGGUGGGGGCUGCGGGGCAGCAGUGGGGCCGGGGGGGCUGCGGCACCGCAGCCAUUGCUUUGGGGGUUCAGUCUCAGUAAAGGGGGGGGAAGGAGAGCAGAGCAGCCACGCUGGGAGGGCCGGGGCUGUCAGCACAUUGAGCACAGCGGGGGGGGGUCUGAGCCCCCCAUGGGUGGCGUUUGGGAGCCAUCCCUGCUGUGGUUCCUGCAGUGCCCCCCAACCCCACCGCCCCAACGCUUCUCUGUGCCCAUCGCCGUCUCCUUCUGUAUAAUCACCACCAAAAGGAAAAAAAAAAACAAAAAAGGAAAAAAAAAAAACAAAAAACAAAAAGCCACAAAAAAAAACACCCCCCAAAAAUUCCCCCCCCCCAAAAAAAAAGGAAAAAAAAAAAAAUACAGACGACUUUUUUUUUGUUUUUCUUCCCAUUUUUUUGUAAUGGCAAAGAACUGAAUUUGUAGCUCUGCUGCUUCUCGGGGGGGGGGGGUGGGGAGGGGGGGGGGGCGGGGGGGGGGGUUGCGAUGCUCAGCGCCCCCAAUGCUUUGGGUUCUGCUCUGAGCGAUUCGUCAGCGUUUCUUAAAGGGAAAAACCACCCAAAAGGAGCCCCAAAAACAGCCCCUCCCCCCCCCCCCCCCCCCAAAAUGCUUUUCUAUUUAUGAGGUUGAAAAUUCCGAACGACCCCUUUUAGCGUUACGAAAAGCACGGGCAAAAGGAGGAAAAAAAAACAACAACAAAAAAAAAAGAGAUAAAAUCCCCCCCCCCUUCACCCCCCCCCACCCUCUGUUGUGUUUUGUAAAUAUUCCCUUUUCUGCUCCCAGCUGCUGUGCCGCCCCCCCCGGCCGGGGGGGGAACAACGCUUUUCUAUCCGAGCCCACCUUUGUUGAGGGCCGUUUCUGUCGGCGGAGCACUGAGUGCCCAUCAAAGCGUGGAGGAGAAAAAAAGCAGAGAAUCGAUUAAAAGCAGAAACGUCCUCCGCAAA